AUGGCGAAGAAGACUCUGUGGUGUGUGAGUGAAAACAAUAAAAGGAUAAAUGAGUGGAAAUUGCACAAAUGUAUCCAUACAAAUACUGUAAUUGGCGCAAAAAAGAAAGAAGAUUUAGACAGUGGUGACACACGAGACGAUGAUUCAGAAAAGGAUCAAAAGGAGCUAAUAAGUUUAAAAUAUGAUGAAAAAAUACAAGUGUAUCCUCUGAAACAGAAGAAUCAAGAAGAAGGGCCACAGAAGGUGCCAAAACUGCCUCCAGGAGAGUUUAAGCCGAGGAAAAGUCUGGGUCAGAAUUUUAUAACAGAUUUGAACCUGAUGAAUAAGAUGUGUAACUCAUUGAAGUCGCCGAUAGAACCACCAGGAGAUGGAAGUCAAGUGGUAGAGUUAGGAUGUGGAAUAGGAUCACUAACACAAAUACUGUAUAAAAAAUAUAAAAAUAUGACAGACGAUAUAGGAAUUGAAAUAGACUCGAGAGCAGUGAGUCAGCUGAGUAGAACAUUGCCAAAUUUAAAUUUGAUCAACGAUGACGUUUUACAGUUGACGAGUGAGCAGGUAGACUAUGCAAAAAUGAGUAAAGAGAGAGGGAAAAAGUUGUGGAUAAUAGGAAACUUGCCAUUUUACAUAACGAGUCAAAUACUGCUGUGCCUAAUAGACUACAGAAAGUACAUAGAUAGAGCAGUAGUGACAGCACAGUGGGAAGUGGCAAAGAGAGUAGUGGCAAGAAGGAACACCAAGGAAUACUCAAUACUGUCAGUGCUGCUGCAAAUAUUCGCAAAAGCGAAAAUACUCUUUAAAAUACCGAGUCAAGCCUUCUACCCGAAGCCGAAGGUGGACGCAGCAUGCAUAUACAUAGAUAAUGGUAAUGGUUAUGGUUACGGAAAUGCUGACUGUAAUGGUAAUGGUAACCUUACUGGCGAUAGCAUUAGUGUCAAUGUGCGCAAAUUCAAGUUGCUUAAAAGGAUACUCAGGCUGACAUUUGGACAAAAAAGGAAAAAGUUGAAGUCGAGCAUGGAGAGAAUAUUGACCAAGUAUAAAGUGGAGUUGCCAGAGGAGAUACUGAAUAUGCGACCACAGGAUUUAAGCGCAAAAGACUUCAUUGACCUAGUGAACAAUAUUCACCAACGUAUACAUAGUGGUGGUGGUGCUGGCGUAGUAAGGAAUGGUGCAACUGUGGGGGCGAGGACUAAAUUUUGGAGUGGUGCAAAUUCGGAAGAUAUUAUGGAAUUGGGAGAUAUGGCGUCAGCAGCAGGUGGUGCAGCAGAUAGAUGCGAAGAGUUGGAAGAGACAAAGGAUAGGAUUUGGAGAAAAAAUAAACACGGCCCAAGCAUACCACUAAAGGAUUUAAUAUACUGA